GCUACCUGAUGCUACCUGAUGCUACCUGAUACUACCUGAUGCUACCUGAUGCCACCUGAGGCUACAUGCUGUCCAGCUGUUCCUCGUCUUUGUUACUUAAUGUGUUUUAUUUCAUGUCUAGAGGUUGAAGCUGCUGGACUGAACUUGACUCGGUUCGCUCUGCGUUCCCUCCAUGAGGCUGCAGUCUCCUGCCUGCCACUUAGCGUUCCUCCCUUGCUGCGCUCCAAGCCACACCCAUGUGUUAAUGCAGCACUGCAUGGCUGCAUGGCUGCAUGCCUAUACUUAGGCAGCAGCUAACCGCAGCAGAGCUCUUUUUUUCUCUGACAUCUCUGGUAAAUUCCUUCAGUUUUCUGUGGUGGAUAACAUGAGUUUGACUUGCUGCAGCUUUUUUACUAAUCGCAUGUUUUGCUGCAGCCAGAAGCACAGAAAUGUUUCACAGUCAGACAGAAACUGGAGCUGAACAGAAACCAGAAAAUAUUUUUCAUCAAUUCUGCAGAUUCCAUCAGAACAGAAAAACCUGAAAUCCAUCCAGUUACAUCUGAGUUAUUACUAAAUAAUUUAUAUUUAUGUAAGUGGACAGGUAGACGGUUCAGCUGGUGAAUCUGAGCUGCAGCAGACAAAGUUCAGCUUCGGUUAGAAAGUCUCUCAGCAGGACGUCUGAGCUCAAGUCUGCUGACAAACCAUAAAUAUGGAAGAGGGAAAACUUUCCUGAUGGAACCAAAUCUGACAAAUUGAACAAAGGGCUUAAAUUUAAAGUCAAUAAUUCUGCAAUAUUAAUUAAAAGAAGGAGAAAAACAUCCUGUUUUAUAUUUUUAUCAGGUUUUUCUAAGGUUAUUUAUACAAUUUGUGAAGAAAAGUUKAUUUGAGUUUAAGAGGCUCCACGGUCUUUGAAGGCAUCAUGACUAGUUAAAAUAGUCUGUUUGUGUGUGUGUGUGUGUGUGUGUGUGUGUGUGUGUGUGUGUGUGUGUGUGUGUGUGUGUGUGUGUGUGUGUGUGUGUGUUUGGGGGAUAUAUCAGUGUCAUCUUCGGCUCCAGCAGGGUGUGUGGCUGUGCAGGCGGCUCCUCUCCUCUGGACGUGGAGGCUUGAAAGCUCUGACUCUGACUCUGGAUCUGGAUCUGGAUCUGGAUCUGGAUCUGGAUCUGGAUUUGGAUCUGGAUCUGGAUCUGGAUCUGGAUCUGGAGCUGCAGUGUGGAGGAUUGAGCGGAAAUGAGGAGAAAUGAACUCUGGUCGACAAUCACAGACUAAUAUUCCUCCUCCAUCAUUCUCCAGGCCUCCUUCCCGUCCAGCGCAUUAAAAGCGCAUUAAAUAUCAUUAAAGUAACGACCAUAUUCCUCUGAAAUUGCUCUAAUAAUCAUUUAACAUGAGACUUUUUCCUCUCUUUGACCGGAUAAUCGCUAUUUUCGGGGUUAUUUCCGCGCGCCGUGGCGCAGCGUGGGCUGGGGCCGGAGGGGGCGUGUGUUGGACGGACGGGGCGUGGAUGUGGGUUUCCCGUGGAGCACCGGGACCAGAACCCGCGGAGGACCAGCCGAACAUCCCGGCAUGCUGCUCUCCAGUCUGGGGACGUGAGGGUCCCUCAGUGAUGGAUGCGUGGCGCUCCGCCGUGACGCGCAGUGGGCAGGUUUGGCGCUCAUCGCGCCUGUGGAUGAGAUGAUCCGGUUCGCGGCUGAACCAUGAAGUCCCUCGGCGUGCCAUGCUUCCUGCGCUCCGUCCUCCAUGGGAUGCAGUAGAUGGAGAGCUGCGCUCAACUUCGGACACCUGAAGGCGCAGUCCAGGCUGCCCGUCUUCCUCACCAUGAUCCUCCUCUUCACUUACCUCUGCUACUGCCUCAGCAGCCGCUGCGACGCGCUGCCCCGGCCGGUGUUCAGCAGCGGCGCUCCGGCGGGCGAGCGGCUCCUGGGCUCCGCGGUGCCGCUGCUCCGGCACCGGCUGGCGGACUCCGCCGGCGGCAUGCGGCCUCUCGACAACAUCUCCAUCUCCAAUAACUUCGGCAGCAAGAAGUUCCCGCAGGCCAUCAUCAUCGGGGUGAAGAAGGGCGGAACCCGGGCGCUGCUGGAGUUCCUGCGGGUYCACCCGGACGUCAGAGCCGUGGGCGCUGAGCCGCACUUCUUCGACCGCUGCUACGACAAGGGGCUGGGCUGGUACAGGAGUUUAAUGCCUCGGACUCUGGAGGGUCAGAUCACCAUGGAAAAGACUCCAAGUUACUUCAUCACCAGAGAAGCUCCGCGGCGCGUCCACGCCAUGAGCCGCCAUACCAAACUCAUCGUGGUGGUGMGRGACCCAGUGACCCGGGCCGUGUCUGAUUACACCCAGACUCUGUCCAAGGCUCCUGGGCUCCCAUCGUUCCAGAGCCUCGCCUUCCGCAACGACAGCGCGGCGCUCAUCGACACUUCCUGGAGCGCCGUGCGCAUCGGCAUCUACGCCAAGCACCUGGAGAACUGGCUGCGCUUCUUUCCUCUGUCGCGCUUCCUGUUUGUGAGCGGGGAGCGGCUGGUGACGGACCCGGCGGGGGAGAUGGGCCGAGUCCAGGACUUUCUGGGCCUCAAACGCGUGGUGACGGACAAACACUUCUACUUCAACCAGACCAAAGGUUUCCCCUGCCUGAAGAAGCCUGAGGGCAGCAGCCGGCCGCGCUGCCUGGGGAAGUCAAAGGGCCGAGCGCAUCCUGAGAUACCGGCUGAGGUUCUGCUCAGGCUCAGAAGCUUCUACAGACCCUUUAACCUCAAGUUCUACCAAAUGACCGGACAAGACUUUGGCUGGAGCUGAACGCCAAACAUCUUCCACCAGAGACUUUUAGGUCCUUGCAGAAGUUUUUCUUAUGUCUUGAUUCCACUGAGCGGUACGAUACGGGUCAGCUCGGUUCGGUUCACCGCCACUGGGCCGGCGGGGUUCAAACACCCAACCUGAUGUCAGAACACUAGUGUCGCAAGCAGUGACGUUUUUCUGUCGCCCAAUCAAAGGGCUGUGUUGUGUGACAUCAGCAGCUCUUCCCUAACCGGACCGGACCGGUCCGGUGCGGUACCGGUCGGUUGUUUGGGUUUGCCCUGACAAUAGAAACAGAACAGCAGCGAUGAAAAACAAUCGAUUCUCAUUUACUGCGAUUCAGAAUCAGUUUAAAAAAUGGAAAUAAAUCCGCCAUCUGUCCGCCUCCAUUUUGUAACGUUCUGACGUCGCUAUGGAGACGCUCUGCGUCGCUAUGGAGACGCUCUGCGUCGCUAUGGAGACACUAUGCGUCGCUAUGGAGACGGUACUGGAACAUGGCAUAAAGCACCAAAACAAAGAGAAAACCAUGAAAACAAAAGAGAGAGAUUCAACCGGCCCGUCUUGCAUGAAAGAAAACAUUUGGACUCCGCUAAUGGUCGGAGCAAAGACGGGCUGUGAUUGGUCAGACGGCUGUGGGCGGGGCUUAUGACGAAACGUUAUUUUGUUUCCGCUAACCGGUCGCUGUGUCUGCUUAAGGAAUGUUUUCAACUUGGUGAGGGAAAGAUCAACAUUUGUUGCAACUAUUUACUAAAUAACUCCAAAAAUUAAAAACUCCUGGAUAGAAAUGGAAACAUCAGAAGUUCCAGUUAUUUGGAAUCAAAAAUUGAUUUUGAAUCAAAGCUGAGCUAGCAAAAGGUUCCCACCAAGAUAAAAUAUACGAAGCAUUAUAACCUUGUUUAAGCUAGUAGUUCUUGAGCCACGUUGGUAAAACUGAAGUCCUAGUCAAAUCCCUCUGUCAAAAUAAAAGCACUCAUACAGUCAAUCUGUGGGUCAAAGGGCUAAUGGACCCGAACAGAACCAUACAAACCGAGGGAGGCACUUUGAGUCAUGGUACUAUCACAAUAAAAGCACMUAGGUUGGGAAUCAGCUGCUCAAAAAUAAUUUUAACAUUUCAAACGGAAGAACUUUUAAAGUUUAUUUCUUAAUGCAUCCAGGAAGUUCUGGUCCAAACAGGAAGUUCUCCUGGUCCAAACAGGAAGUUCUCCUGGUCCAAACAGGAAGUCCUGGUUCAAACAGGAAGUUCUCCUGGUCCAAACAGGAAGUCCUGGUUCAAACAGGAAGUU